AGGCGGGCGUGACCGUCAGCGGGUCAUAUGAGCGUCAUCAGCCGCUCCUGUGCUUCACAGCAGCGGGGACACACGGAGCACCAUGUCGGCGCUGGAUAACUGCGCUCUGCCGGGGUAAACGGGAGGAUGUAAACCGCUGGAAGCCUGCGAUAAGCCCCAUAGGAACAGGUCCAACUCCUGGUUCUGGUUCUGGUGUCUUCAGAGCUCCUAUUUGGCCUCUUGGUGUCCAACCCUACUGCAGCCAUGAUGUCCAAGUCCGCUCUGCUGAAGGUCAUCCUCCUGGGUGACGGCGGCGUUGGCAAGUCGUCCCUCAUGAACCGCUACGUCACCAACAAGUUCGACUCGCACCUCUUCCACACGAUAGGCGUGGAGUUCCUCAACCGAGAGCUGGAGGUGGACGGGCGGCGGGUCACCCUACAGAUCUGGGACACGGCAGGACAGGAGCGCUUCCGCAGCCUCCGCACGCCCUUCUACCGUGGCUCCGACUGCUGCCUCCUCACCUUUAGUCUGGACGACGGACAGAGCUUCCAGAACCUCUCCAACUGGAAGAAGGAAUUCGCCUACUACGCCGACGUCAAGGACCCCGACAGCUUCCCGUUCGUGGUGCUGGGCAACAAACUGGACGUCCCCGAGCGCCAGGUAUCCGGGGAGGAAGCCCGCAAGUGGUGCCGGGAAAACGGAGGGCACCCGUACUUCGAAACGAGCGCCAAAGACGCGACAAACGUAGCAUCGGCCUUUGAGGAGGCAGUGCGUCGCAUUCUGUCGUCUGAAGAUAGAGACGAUCACCUGAUUCAGACCGACACAGUGAACCUGCAGAAGAAGCCUCGCCCUGAGCCCAGCUGCUGUUAAUCUGAGGGACUCCGGGGGUUUUGGUUGGGCCUUUUCACUGAUGCUACUGUACAGUUCUGCAUGCUACUAUUUAAGCUUAAACCUGGAUCAACAUUUUAAUGUCAAGUUUUAGCUCAACAAUUAAAACUACACUACCUUUCGUUCACAUAUACUGAAGUUAUCUGUUUUGUUUGUAUCAGGGAAGCAAUAAAGACCAAAAAAAACU